AUGGGUUAUGAGACACCAGAAGCAAGGGAUGCAAGAGAAAGAGGACCACCAGCUUGGAUGAGUGAUUAUACACCAGGUUCUGGACUUUCUGGUUCGGGAAUUUCAGACUUGGAGUCGCAAGCUAAUAUGGCACUUGUGAUGUCUGAUGAUCCCGCAAACUUCGAGGAUGCAGUAGGAAGUGAGAAGUGGAGAAAGGCCAUGGAUGUAGAAAUUGAGUCCAUUGAGAAGAACAACACAUGGAAACUGGUUAAGCUGCCUGCACGAGCUAAAAGGAUAGGAGUAAAAUGGAUUUUCAAAACUAAAUACAAUGAGGCAGGGGAUAUUGACAAGUACAAGGCUCGGUUGGUAGCAAAAGGCUGCUCGCAGAGGCAAGGAGUGGAUUUUACAGAAGUUUGA